AUGUGGCCUAAACAAGCAGAUCCUGAUCUCACCGAAGAGGAACUGAGACCUUGUCUCGUUCACGUGACAGAUUCGCAGGAAGGAGUCAUCGAUUCGAGCCGAUUCUCCAAGUAUGAGAGGCUUCAGCACACGAUCGCCUACCUCUUUCGCUUCGUCGAUAACUGCCGUCGAGUACGGCGGAAGGAACCGCGAACGACUUCGCAUUUCAGCAACGAGCAACUUGCUCGGGCCGAGAAUGCUCUCUGGCGACUAGCUCAGCGCUCCGUGUUUCAUGAAGAAGUAGAGGUGCUGACAAAGGUGAAGAACGGACACCGGUUAAGACUGGCGCGAACCAGCCGAAUCUUCAAGUUAUCUCCAUUCAUCGACGAAUUCGGAGUGCUUCGAAUCGAUACGCGCAUCGUUGGGGCAAUCUUCGUGCCGUAUGACACCAAAUACCCUGUGAUCCUUCCGAAGAAACACCGCAUAACAGACCUGAUACUCGACUGGUUCCACCGACGUUACCUUCAUGCAAACCACGAAACGGUCACAAAUGAAGUUCGCCAGCGAUUCUACGUGCCCUGUCUUCGUGCACUCGUGCGGAGUUUGGUGAAGCGUUGUAUGCAGUGUAGAAUUACGAAAGCUAAACCAUCGUGUCCACGUGAAGGUCCGCUCCCGGAGGCAAGGCUCAGUCCCUAUAUUCGACCAUUCACCUUCGUCGGGCUUGAUUAUUUCGGCCCCAUCAUCGUAAAAGUUGGACGAUCGCUUGCCAAACGAUGGGUGGCACUCUUUACAUGCCUCACCAUCAGAGCUGUUCACCUAGAGGUCGUGUAUUCCCUGUCCACGGAGUCGUGUAAGAUGGCUAUCCGUCGAUUCCUGGUGCGUCGUGGAUCACCCUUGAAGAUAAGGAGCGACAACGGCACGAACUUCAUCGGAGCAAGCCGUGAACUCCAGCAGCAAGUCGCAGAUAUGAAUCAGCACCUGUCGUCAACCUUUACUAAUGCGGUUACUAAGUGGGUCUUCAACCCACCGUCUGCCCCGCACAUGGGAGGAUCGUGGGAGCGGCUUGUUAGAUCGGUCAAGGUCGCCUUCGCUACACUAAACUCAAACAGGAACCCAGACGACGAGACACUCCUCACCCUGAUGAUCGAGGCCGAAGGGAUAGUGAAUUCGCGGCCCCUGACGUUCGUCUCCCUCGAAUUAGAAACCCAAGAAGCUCUGACGCCCAACCACUUUCUGCUUCUGAGCUCUCAAGGGACCGCCCAGCCUCCACAGGCCAUUUCAGAUCGUCCAGAGUGCCUCAGGGCUAAUUGGAAGCUUACGACGAACCUGGUCAACCAAUUUUGGCGACGCUGGGUACGGGAAUACCUUCCAACUAUCUGCAGACGCACCAAAUGGUUUGAAGAAACCAAGGGACCGAAGGAAGGAGAUCCAGUUAUCUUCGUCGACGAAUCGGUCCGCAACGGAUGGCUGCGAGGACGGGUUCUAUCAGUAGUGAAGGGGCGAGAUGGACGGGCCAGGCAAGUUCUGGUGAAGACGACGGGAGGAAUACUGCGCCGGUCGGUGACGAAGGUCGCCGUUCUUGACAUACAACCAGCAGUCGACAGUGGAGCUGAGAAGUAA